CCCGGGAGGCGCUUGCCCUGCUGCCGGCGAGCGUGCCAGGUGGGAAACGAUGUCAGAGAAGAUCCUCGUGACGGGGGGAGCCGGCUACAUCGGCAGCCACUGUGUGCUGGAGCUGGUGGAGGCAGGCUAUGCCCCCGUGGUCAUCGACAACUUCCACAAUGCCAUCCGGGGAGGUGGUACGGUGCCCGAGAGCAUCCAGCGGGUGGAGGAGAUUGUGGGCAAGGAGGUCCCUUUCCAGGAACUGGAUGUUCUCGAUGAGGCAGGCCUGCAGGAGCUCUUCAGAAAGCACCGUUUCUCGGCUGUGAUGCACUUCGCAGGUCUCAAAGCUGUUGGCGAGUCCGUCCAAAUGCCUUUGGAAUAUUACAAGGUGAACCUGACAGGGACCAUCCGGCUGUUGGAGACCAUGAAAGCGCAUGACGUCAAGAACAUCGUGUUCAGCAGUUCGGCCACCGUCUAUGGAGACCCUGCCUAUCUCCCCCUUGACGAGAAGCAUCCGGUGGGAGGCUGCACCAACCCUUAUGGCAAAUCCAAAUACUUCAUUGAAGAAAUGAUCCAAGACUUGUGCAAGGCAGAACCGGACUGGAACGCUGUACUCUUGCGAUAUUUCAACCCCAUUGGAGCUCACAAGUCAGGAAGAAUAGGAGAAGACCCCCAGGGGAUCCCAAACAACCUGAUGCCCUACGUUGCACAGGUGGCUGUGGGGCGAAGAGAGUACCUGAGCGUCUUUGGUAAUGACUAUAACACAGUAGAUGGGACCGGGGUUCGGGAUUACAUCCACGUGGUAGACCUUGCCAAGGGCCACAUUGCUGCACUGAAGAAGCUCAAGGAGAACUGUGGCUGUAAGAUCUACAACCUUGGAACUGGCACUGGCUACUCAGUCCUGCAGAUGGUUAAAGCCAUGGAGAAGGCAUCUGGCAGGCAGAUCAACUACAAGAUCAGUGCACGCCGGGAAGGGGAUGUGGCCUCCUGCUAUGCCAACCCUGGCCUAGCUGCACAAGAACUAGGCUGGAAAGCUGUCUUUGGCCUGGACAAAAUGUGCGAGGACUUGUGGAGGUGGCAGCUGCAGAACCCCACUGGCUUCAGCAAGAACUAGCCCUGGAAGAUGGACGCUUUUGCACCAGAGCAGCUCCAGGGACUGGUGCCCUUUGCACUCAGGGAAGGCGAUUCCUCCUCGUUCUGUUUCCUCCUCCUCUCCCCAUUUCAUGAUGGCCAC